AUGGAGACCCCUGUACCGUACGGUUGUAGCCCCGGGAACGCGUCGCCUACAUUAGUUGGAAUUCGCUAUGUAGGCGAUGGUUUGAGUUCUGCUCUCUUCUCUUUCCAUUACAACGGAGUGCCCUUCCAUAUUGUGGCGGCCAACCCCGAGGACCACGCUGGCGGCGAGACCCUGGUCCCUCCACGAUACGAUUUCGCCGAUUCUGUUGAAGGCAGAAUCUUACAAACAAUAUAUGCUCUCUCCCAGCAGUUCGACGAAGCGGAUGCCGACAAAGCGAGGAAGCGUCUCGAGGAGCAGUUUGCCGACUUGGCCGCGAUGCUUUACCCCGUAACACAUACACUGCAGGUCCUUACGGACUUCGGGCAGAGCGAGCUGGCGUUUACGUGCCGCAUUAUGGACGGCUACCCUGUGAUUCCAGAGCCCGUUUCCGAGCACUGGCUGCGUGCGAUAGGGCUCGACCUAACAGCAACAAACGUUCCGAUCGUCGAUGCGUCGCAAGUCUUCCUAGUCUGUCACUUACAAGGCCUCGCCUGGAAAGUGACAAUGGCCGGGGAAGUGAUGGUUUGCAAAACUACCAACGAAAGCAUGCGGGGACUCGACAUCGCGGCCGAGCUGGGAACUCUUCUCAGGAUCAGAAGCGCUAACGCACGGCUGAGUGUUCCGGAGUUGAAAGCAAUCGUAGUCUCCCGCCGGGGCGUGGUCGGGAUCCUCCGAUUCCCGAACGCCGGCGAUCUAUACCAUCUGUUGGCCCGCAUCGGCCUAGGAGACACGCUGGCCGAACGCACGAUCUCCUUCAGGCGAAUGUGGGCCUUACAAAUCUGGGACACCAAGAAGGCGCUAUCCAAGCUGGGUAUCUGGCCUUGGUAUGACCUCAGGACAGAUAACAUCAUCAUCAACGAGGACGGGGAUGCAGUCCUGCUCGGGCUCGGCGGAAGGAACGAGCUCCCCUGGGUAUGCCAUUACCCGGAUGGAAGUGUGCAUGGCGAUGCGGUGAAGCUCCUCAGAAUCAUGAGCGCCCUCAAGGUCGAAAGACUCUCCGACGCAGAGUGA